UCUCUUCGUCGCCUGACCGAGCACGAGAAGCACACGUCCAAUCGCUACAGCAUCAACUCAAGAACCGCAAGUUUCACGACUACUUUCACCAGAACCGCCAAGAUGAGCUUGUCCAAGCUCUCCGUCUCCCUGCUCGCACUGGCUGGCAGCGCCAUUGCUGGCGAUCUCCCGUCCAUCACGGCCAAGGGCUCCAAGUUCUUCUACCCCAACGGCACCCAGUUCUUCAUCAAGGGUGUUGCGUACCAGCAGGAUGUUGGCCAGGCCGGAAGCACCGACUCCAGCACCUCGACCUUCAUCGACCCCCUCUCCAGCGAGGCCAACUGCAAGCGUGACGUCCCUCUGCUGAAGCAGCUGGGCACCAACGUGAUCCGAACCUACGCCAUCGACCCCAAGGCCGACCACUCCGCCUGCAUGAAGCUGCUCAACGAUGCCGGCAUCUACGUCUUCUCCGACCUGGGCGAGCCCUCUCUGUCCAUCAACCGUGACACCCCUGCCUGGAACACCGAGCUGUUCGACCGCUACAAGGCCGUCGUCGACGAGAUGUCCCAGUACCCCAACGUCAUCGGCUACUUCGCCGGUAACGAGGUGAGCAACGCCAAGAACAACACUGGCGCCUCCGCCUACGUCAAGGCCGCUGUCCGCGACACCAAGGCCUACAUCAAGUCCAAGAAGUACCGCUGGCAGGGUGUCGGCUACGCCGCCAACGACGAUGUCGACAUUCGUGCCGAGAUUGCCGACUACUUCAACUGCGGUGACCAGGAUGAGGCUAUCGACUUCUGGGGCUACAACAUCUACUCGUGGUGUGGCCAGAGCUCCAUGCAAAAGUCCGGCUACGACGAGCAGACCACCUUCUUCUCCAACUACUCUGUCCCCGUCUUCUUCGCCGAGUACGGCUGCAACCUGCCCAGCGGCGCCGCUGCCCGUAUCUUCCAGGAGACUGCUGCUCUGUACUCUGACGAGAUGACCAAGGUCUUUAGCGGUGGUAUUGUCUACAUGUACUUUGAGGAGGACAACGACUAUGGUCUCGUCAAGGUCAACAACGGCGCCGUCUCCAAGCUCAAGGACUUCAGCGCUCUCCAGACCCAGGUUACCAAGGCCGACCCCAAGGGUGUUGACGCCGAUGACUACAAGCCCACCAACAAGCCCGCCAGCUGCCCUGCCCUGACCGACGACUGGCAGGCCAUCAACAGCCUUCCCCCCACCCCUGAUGCCAGCCUUUGCACUUGCAUGCAGAGCUCUCUGUCCUGCGUUCACGCCGACGACCUCGACACCAAGGACUUUGGCGACAUCUUCGGCUUCAUCUGCGGCAAGUCCCCCGAGGUCUGCGCUGGCAUCAACGGUGACCCUUCCACUGGUGUCUACGGCGCCUACAGCAUGUGCGAGGACGCCGCCAAGCUCGACUACGUCCUUGACGCCUACUACCAGUCCCAGAAGAAGGCCUCCACCGCCUGCGACUUCAACGGCCAGGCUCAGGUCGUCAGCCCCAAGGCCGCCUCCACCUGCUCUGCCGCCCUGGCCUCUGCCAGCGCCAUCAACAAGCAGGCCGCCACUGCCACCGCCCCCGUCGGUGCCGGUUCCACCUCUGGCAGCAAGGGCGCUGCCACCAGCACCAACGCUGCUGUUGCCGGCCGCCCUGUUUCCCACCUGCUCAGCAUGGGCGAGAUCUCCGUUGCCCUGUACAUGGGUGUCGCCAUGCUGGCCGGUGGUGCCAUGAUUGUCCUGUAAAGGGGAUAGUCCGAGGGCCUGUUUGUUUUAAAAAUUUCUGCCGGGUUUUUUGUAUGUAGAUUGGAGGUUCUUUUAUAGGAAAGUGAAAUAAUUCAUUGUUUUUGGUUCUUGAUCA